CAUCACCGCUGUGUGCCGACGUCGUCAUUGUGACAGCAUGGCCGGAUAGCAGAGCCUGACAUCGUGCGUGCAUAGUGGGAGCAAGACUUCAUCGUGUGAUUGAGUCAAUCGUCGCAGCAGCAGGGCGGAGCCGCGCGUGAGAACUGAGAGCAAGUACUGUGAGAGUCGUGAUCGUCCCUGGCAUCAUUCCCCAGCCAUGGAGAGGUCCGACACGACAGAGACGCAGGUCGACGGAAGCGAACAGGAGCCGACGGGAGCGUCGGAGACGGGAGAGGACGCCGACAAGGAAGAGAAUGACGCCGUAGAGGACGGCGGACGCAGGAAGCGACGCAAGAUCCGCAAGAUCCCGUGCCUCGCCGGAAAGCCGUCGCUGGAGAGCGUCACCGAGGCGGAGGCCGACAAAGAGGCCGCCGACAAGCAGUCGCCGACAACGUGCGUUGAUUUCGGAGUGCGCUCCUACCUGCACCACUUCUACGAGUCGAUGGCUGUGCGAAAUCCGCAUCUCUACGAGGAGCUGUCCCGCGACGAGGAUUUCCAGUACCUGAUCAAGCCGCGUCGCCGCCGCUGCGGCUCCAUCUGGUGGAAGAUCGGCCUCUGGUCGGGCGUCAACCUUGUCGUCUUCGGCCUCGUCGCGAUUCUCGUCGGCUACCUUGUGCCGCAGCGUCCCGAGGUCGUCGACCAUCAAGGUUACUACGACGCGAUCAGCAAGAACGCACUGCGCUACAACACGAACCUCGAUAUUUUCAAGCUCGUCGGUCUCAUCGUGUUCUGCAUCGGAGGAUGCCUGCUCGCCGUCUCGCUCCUCUUCCCUAGCUUCCUCUACCAGUGGUGCGAGGACGACCUGCUCGCGUCGGAGCCUUUCGGCAUAUCGACGAAAGAUACGGAGAAGGAGCCACUGAGUCCGACAGAGAAGAGAGUGCCGGGGAUACCUGUCGUGAAGGGGGUGCAACCGCAGCGUGAUAGCAACGAGGCCGUGCUGGCGACCAAGGCAGGCAUGUACACGGUGCCCUGAUAAUAUCUAGGAAACCAACGCAUUCCUACAACAGUAUUUUUCUGAAUGUUAUGAAUAUAUGGAUGUAUAGGCUAGCAUAUAAUACACUGUUACGAGAUGGACAAUGUGCUUCUAUACAUGAUACAUAUACAUAUAUAUAUAUAUAUGUAUGAUUGUAUUUUGUGGAUGUAAUUAAUGUUAUAUAGAUGUCGUCAUGUUUUCCCUUAUCGGGUGGCACAAAAAGUCUAACGUAGCAACAUUAGAAUAAUGGCCGCACACGCACACGCGCGCAUAGUGUAGCUCUCAGCACACGACAUGGAAUGGAGUCUAAUUCAAUCUUUUACUGUACUGUAAAACAUUUUUGCCCGAACUUUAUUUUGUUUGUUCUUAUCGGGCGGUGACUUUUAACGAAACAGUUUUAAGGCGCACUACAUGUUUACGAUGAUUGUUUUAUUGCAGUAAAGAGACCGCCAUGUUUUGUGUAAUUGUGUUCCGGCACCUUGCUGUUUAUUGACCUUGGUCGAUAACAUUGUAGUCACACUAUUUCGCAGACGCGACAAAUUAUGAGACAAACGGUACCGCAUAUUUACGUAUUGCAUUCGUUUCCCACCGAUGAUCGAAAAAAUAUAUACGCAGCUGCCAUGUUUUGCUCAAUAA